AUGGCAUGCAGACAGCAUUUUAAAACAGAGAGUCCAAUGACAGACAAUGGUGAGGUUGACAAGAGGACAUACAAUGAUGAGGUUGGAGACAGGACAGACGAUGGUGAGGUUGACGAGAGGACAUACAAUGAUGAGGUUGGAGACAGGACAGACGAUGGUGAGGUUGACGAGAGGACAUACAAUUAUGAGGUUGGAGACAGGACAGACAAUGGUGUCGUUGACAUGAGGAUAGACAAUGCUGAGGUUGGAGACAGGACAGACAAUGGUGAGGUUGGAGACAGGACAGACAAUGGUGAGGUUGGAAACAUGACAGACAGUGGUGAGGUUGGAGAAAGGACAGACAGUGGAGAGGUUGGAGACAGGACAGACAAUGGUGCCGUUGACAUUUGGACAGACAGUGCCGUGGUGAUGUUGGAGGCAGGACAGACAGUGGUGAGGUUGGAGACAGGACAGACAGUGGUGAGGUUGGAGAAAGGACAGACAGUGGAGAGGUUGGAGACAGGACAGACAAUGGUGAGGUUGGAGACGGGACAGACAGUGAUUGGGAAGAGGAUAAACAGUGAUAAGGUUGGUGAGAGGAUAGACAGGGGUGUCGAAUUGAAGAAGGAAGUUUUAAGGCAUUGCUUUCAAUUUUCAAAACAAUGUUGGGGAGCUGUUGUGUAUGAUGGGAAAGGAUUGUUUUCCGAUCCCAAGUGA